GAUGCACGGCGAGCUGAUAGAGUUUAAUGAGCGCCUAUACCGUUCCCUCAUGGCCAAAGACCACCUCAUCGUCCAGAUGAGACAGGAACUCAUUGACCUGAGAGGCCCGGUUCCAGGCGAUUUAAGUCAGACGUCAGAUGAUCCCAGCUUGUCAGAUUUUGAGACGGCUCAUCGCGCUCUCAUCAACGUCUGGAUCCCCUCUGUGUUCCUGCAGGGCAGAGCUGCCAACGCCUACCACGUCUACCAGGUGUACAUCCGUAUCCUGGACAAUGAGUGGAACGUGUACAGGCGUUACACCGAGUUCAGGGAGCUCCACAACCACCUGAGGAGCCAGUUUCCACAAGUGGACGCCUUCAACUUUCCACCCAAGAAAGCCAUCGGGAACAAGGAUGCCAAGUUUGUGGAGGAGAGGAGGAAGCAGCUGCAGGGCUACCUUCGGAUGGUGAUGAACAAACUGAUCCAGACGCUGCCGGAGUUCACAGCCCGCCCCACCAAAGAGACCCUGCUGUCUCUGCUGCCUUUCUGUCUAGACACUCCGCAGACCAAUGAUGGCGCAGCCAAGACGCCCCGCUCCAAAACGUCAUCCCGCUUCCCCAGACUGGGCCGCAGUCGCAACCAGGAAGCCAGACCUGAACCGCAGAGUGGCGACCUUUAACCCCCACAUACUCUGAACUGAUACUCUCACUCUGGAGGCUGAGGACAUUCCUGUGUCCACCCUGGACCGUGAGGACAUGAAACGGAUCUUUAAAGCCUCACAGAUAAAAGACCUCAGUGGAGGAGCGGAGAUGCGUUCAGGCCGCUCUCAGAGAUGUAAAUGUUGCUGAGUAAAGGAUAAAUGACUCCUUGAGGCGGCCUGUCGAUGGAACCAAUCUUACUGCACCUCUUACCUCACUGAGAGACACAGAGACUCUCUGGAAACUGCACAUGGACUCGCCUGGACUGCUCUCUCUCAUCUCAAACACAACGAGAUGAUGGAGGUUUUUUGUUUUUUUUUUCUUACUCGGCUCAGUUUUCUAGUGAUGGUGUCUCAUGGUCUCAGUGCCUGCAGUGUUUUGUAGCUGCUUCCUGCUCCGGGUGCAGAGGGGGUAGAUUAAACUCAUAUCUGGGGGAUGAAUGUUGUUGUUCAGCUUUAUGGUGCCAUUACAUUUUAGACGGCGGUGAUUCAUGAUCUCUGGCAGCGGGCAUUCCUUUCUCUUGCUUCUGUUCUUUCAUCAUUAUUAUUAUGGCUUUUACAGAUAAUCUGCAGAAAGUGUUACAGAUCUUAACGUCAGCAGGGACGCAGGAAUUAUCACAAACAUCUUUUAGAUAAUGAUCAUAUUAAAGGAUUAAGCACCACUGAUAAAACCAAAACCUCUUUGGGACUGUACCAAAAUUAUUGGGAUGGGGAGGAGGGGUUGAGUCUUAUAUUUUACCUCCCAUCCCCAGCAUUUUUGAUAUUUUCUUUCCACCCCCAUUGACUUGAAGACAACUUUUUUCUCUUUACUAUUUAAAGUGGAUAAGAUCUUUUUUCAUUGCAGCAGAACGCUUCACUCAGCUCCUCCUCGCCCUGCUGUCGCUCUCUCUGUUCAUCAUGAAAUGACUGCAGGAGUGUGAGUUUUGUGCUUGGGACUUUGAGAGUGCACACUCUGCACAUAAACAAUGCUGUUACUAACUGGUAGCAUCACAUGUCUAUCCUUACCGAAUGGGUUUGAUGACAGAGUUGAGCCGUUUCAGUGUCUUGGUUUUGGUUAACUGCUGGGAAUGUUUUUGACUGGUUCCACAUGUGCAUCUAUAUGUUAAUUUUGCUGCUCUUCAGUUUACUGCACUAUGCACCACCUGGGUCUGGUAGGAGCUAGCUAGCUAGCAAUGCUGCUCAUUCUGCAAUCACAGCAAGUAACACCGUCAUGACCCAACAGCAUUGCUGUGGAAACAUUAUGCCCACCCUCCAGUCUCAAUUUGGGCCCUAAAACGGCAAAGCAUUGUUGAUUACUGUUAUCACUGUUAGCAUUGUUAGCAGUGUCAGCACGGCUUGUGGUGCUAACAUAGUAAACAAUGGGUUUCGAGGCUUAAAUUGAGGUCGCUUACUCACUGGUCCACUUUAGUGUGAACCCAUCUGUAUAAUUGUUAGAUAUUCAGAGCAACAGAUGCUGUAUAAGUUGCAUAAAAAUGCACUUAGAGCCACUGAGAGAUGGAGUGGAUGGGUCCAACAAGGACAGAAGUUUCACCGAAGAGGCGAGUGUUUCCUUUCUGUGUUAAACUGAAAUCAGCAUUGAGUUAUUUUGCCUCAUGCCUCUCAUUAGUCAGUCAUUUGUCAGAUGAAUUGUCUGAAGUAACUAAAUGUCCAGAUGCACCAAACCGACAGCAAAGAACUAGCAGCUACGAAAGCUGCUUGUGUCGCCUCAAGUCACCUCACGUCACCUCACGCUGCCUGUGUCUCAGCCAAAAAGUUACACAAGAACACACCGCAAAGACUACAACCAACAGUCAGCCAGCACGUACAUCCUGUGCCUACCAGCAGGAAAUGUGUCUGCUAAAAAUCAGUUCCCCCCCCCCGGCCCGGACUUUAGCUCUUUGUUUACUUUCCUCACUGACAUUUCUCUUCUCGUGCACUGAGCUGAACUGACAAUCAGAGAGAUUUCGUUCACCUAUGGGCUCCACCGUCUCCAAAGCCGAUUCAACAUGCUGAAAUAAUGCUGACGAGGGCCAACAGACUAGGGCGACAGACGCUCACAGUGGCCAAACAUUCACCGACGGUCGACCAUUGGUUUGGUGUGUCAGGGCCUUAACAGAUAUAAAACAGGAGCCUAAACUUGAAUUAUAACACAAGCCAGACAUUAUAUGACAACGUGGACUGAAGUGACAGUCAACAUGAUCAAUGAAGAUUAACAUGUAUUUGUUUCACAUUCAUAUCAUCUGUGUUUGACAGAUUAGCUAUUUGACUACGAUGGAAAAAUUCCAACAAGUUCUUAUCCCAAGUAGUUACAUAUCAGCGCUUUGUCAGUGUACUUCCGCAUCUACAUAAUACACUCUAGGUAUCCUUCUGGGUCUGCUGUCGACAUUCAGGGAUGCUGCUACCAACGCCAGGAUGUCAACAAAAGCACAUGGUAGGAUGACGCCAUAAAAGCAUGGAUGGCAAGGUUUAAGCAAAAGAGGCACAUGAUAAGGUGUAGAAAAAAACAUCACUUUGAGAUAAGAAGCACUGACCUCCCACAUGAAAGUCUGGGGUUUGUUGGAUCCAUCCACUUGCCCUUUAGGUACCCGUGCACUCCUUAUAGUAUGUUGUUACCUGCAGCAAUUCAACCUGACACUUUCCAGCAGUGUAUCUUGCAGAUGCAACAAGGUGCCUUCAGGCAGUUUCCCAGCUGACACUGCCGCAGGGUGUAUCAUACAGCCGCAAAAGGUGGCUUUUCCUGCCAGGAUCUUACACCAAAAUUAAUACAAAUGUGACAAUAUUUGAGGACUUCGAAAUGAGACCAGGCUGAAAGAUUCUGCCCUAAAUCAGUGACACAGGACUGUUGUUUUCUGCAUAUGGAGAAGCACACCUUUAAGACACUUUGUAAACUAAGGCAUCACAUUUUUGAUCACUUCUCACAGCCUAAUAAUUUUUGGACAGUCCCUGAUUGAGAAAUUUCAGAAAUGGAUAUAAACUCUUGCCAUCCCCUGAUAAAUAUUGAUAUCUCCUUGAUAAAUAUUUUUUGAGCAGAAAGGACUGGAAACACUGUUAAAAUGACAGCAGAUGGGUAAGCUGUGUGUCAGCAGGUUUACCAUCAACUCCACUGUAAUAUAAAACUGAGGGUCUUGAUCAGAUUCACUGUUUAGAGAUUGUUGAACUAAUGUGUCUUAGCAGGAUUUAAUGCAGCGUUGUGUUGCAGAUGAAUGUUUUAACGAGGACUAAACACUUGAAGAAAAGCUGCUUGUUAGAGUGCACGGAGCGGGCUGCUGAGCAUCAAGUGUGUGUAAAACAGAAGCUCAUGCAUAUGGAUGGGUUUCCCCAAGAGUAGUCAGAGCCUGUGUUCAAACGAGGAGUGAUUGUGUUCGAAGGGUGUCGGAAAACUUGAAUCAAAGGGUCGGCUCGCUGGAUGGUAAACAGUGCUCGCUGUCUGCGAGGGGAGGUGAACAAACAAGGCUUGUGGGUUUUAAUUAAGUUGUUAUUCUCACACAGAAGUGACCCUCACAAGUAUCCGUCAGCUGGUAAACACUGCGCCGCCGCAGCGUUAGCAGAUUCUCACAGAGAUGCCAUCAAAUAAAUGUUUUUAUCAGACGUCCCUGGGACAGAAAGGGAUUCUGUCUGGUCAACAUGUGGUCAGCUGGCAAAUAAAAUGUCAGCAGGGGACAGAAAUAAAUGAUAGGAUCACAACUUUUUAAAUUAUAUCACACAGACGUUUUCUUAAUAUUACAAGUGGCACUGCUGUUGCUUCUAUCAAAAAUAUGUAACUUAAAUAUGGAUUUCUGUCACUUUUUUUUAAAGACUAUUCUCAGCUGUGAUACAGUAAUGCAUAUUUUAAAUGUAGCACUGCCUUAUAUGCAUUUGGAAAAUCGGCUCACUGCAUCAUAUUGCUGUAUAUUCUGUCCCAAACAGUGUAAAUUAGUCAUCUACUUUAUAACAUGUAGCCUUUAAUGUCUGGUGGGUCGAACUUCUCUGCACAAUUGUCCAUAUUGCUUGAGUGGUGAUUCACAGUAUUUAUGCACUGCAUCAUUUUACAGAAAGCUGUCUUUAAAAGAGAAUUCAGCAUUUUGCACUUACAAGGGGCCGAUCACACUGAAACAAGUCGCUGUGGUACAACACGCCUGUCGGGGAAUCCUCUCUUGCUGCUGAACAACAUGUUUCUCCGGCAGUUUUUGGGUGCGCAUAAAAGUUAAAAUAUUUUUCAACUUUUCCGCUCAAGGCACAAAGUCACGCUGCUUGUCAAUGUCACUUUUGGCCCCGCACAUGCAGCCCCACUCCACAGGUGCUCCCAGCUGUUUUUCCACAUGGCGCUUCCAAGGCAUUUUUGGAGUGGUCUCGGUGUGAUCACCCCUUUACACUGUCACAAUGGACAGUUUUUAAAAAGCAGAGACAGAGAUAGUGUUUUUUUUUUUAUUCCACACAUUUCUUCUUCCUUGUCAAAGCCUGAUGCCUACAUCACCCACAAUGCAACUUGACGUCGACAUUUUGGUCAGAGAUACAAGUGUGCAAGACGUUCAACAGUAUUACAGGAAAAAGAAAAUCUCCUUCAGCUCAAAAGAGACCUCUGUAAAUCUGUCGUCAGGACGCCUCCAACUGCAAACAGGGUCAAAUGUGACUUUUUUGUGAAUUUUUGAUCAAUGGUGGUUUUACAGUUGGCCAACCUGGAAGCUAACGUUGCCCUGUUUCCCUCCUAAAAAAAAAAAAAUAAAUAAAUAAAGCUUAUUGCAUUUUUCAAUUGGAUUUUGGAUCAUUGUAGAAAAUAACGUUUAUGCCUAAGUGUAAUUGCAAUUUAGGCUUCAAAUUUAAAUGCAAUCUUCUCACGGCAGUUCAUUUUUAAAACUAAUUUACAAGAUAUUAAACAAGUUUCCUUGGGUUUCAGCAGUUUUAAUGCUUGCAAAAGGCAUCUGAACAUAGAAGAAAACUAAAGCCGAUCCAGGUGUUAAAGAGUUAAACCUGAAACUUUCUGUUCCUGAAAAAAGAGCUGAUCUUUAAUCACUUCUCUAAAACGAUUGUUAUUACGUGAAAGUCAGAAUGUGAUUCCCUCUAUUGCUUGAAGCUCUAAAUGCUAAGAAUAUCUCAGGUGCUGUUGAGGAAAGACAACAAGCCUUUUAUUGACAAUAGUAAGAGAAACCUGCGGCGUUUCUGGUGGAAGUGCAGGUUUACUUAUCUGUCUUCAUGAUACAAACAUCACUUUUUUUUUAACGACUCUCCCUCACAAUCCUCCCGAGGCUGGAUAAAGUGAAUCUCACUGGACCUUCAGGACUCCUAAUCACAAGUAAAGGAAGUGGAUUUAGCUUUUUGAGAUGCAGCCGAAAGUGUUCUCCUGCAAUGUAUCUGUUCUAGUUUUGUGUCGUUGCCUUAGUCAGCAGCCAGGCCUUAUCUAUCAGUGUCACAGCACAGAGCGGCUCAACAAUAAAGUGUUCGGUGCAGAACCAC